UAUUAUCUAACAAAUACAUAAAAUUAAGUUGAGCCUCCCAAAUGUGACGUGUCGACUUUCGCCUCGCGCUGCGCUCUCUCUCUCUCUCUCUCUCCGGUCUCUCGCCUCUCUCCGGUUGCGGCCUUUCAUGUUGCGAGGGUGUCUGGUGGAUCAAUUUUGCAUUUUUUGCGUGUUCUUUCCAGAAACCUGCGACCACCUGUUCCGGGACUGUAUCUUGGUCAGAUACAUCCGUAUUUGUGACGAAGGUUCAGAUGCAAGCGAAUUGGAUGCCGGGGAUGUACGAAGGCUAUGGACAGAUGCAUCUAACAUACCCAAUGCCGCCACGAGAUCGAAAAGUUUAACCCGUUUGGCGGCAAUCUGGUGGGUCAUCUGGACUGAGCGCAACAACACUAUCUUCCGCAAGGUGCUUUCCAAUGCUAUUCGGGCUCUUGAACGUGUCGCUUCUUUGACCAAUGUCUGGAAUGGAGCCCUUUGGCCCUUGCUUGUCCCUUCUUCCAUGCUCAGUCCCCACUUCUUCAUUUUCGUUAUCGAUCCCGCUUUUCUUGUUUACUUUGUUUAAUCGGUAGGUGUAGAGUUCUUUAUUUUGGGUUUUCUUUCUUGUAUUUUUUCGGCUCUUUCAGGAGGCCCUAGCUGUCU